AACCACCGCAGGAAAAAAUCGCUUCUGGAAGGCGACACCUCGUCAAAAGGCAGGAACAGAACAGCCAAGAGGAAAGAGCGCUCUCUCAAUCCGUUUGCCCGGUAGCCCCUUCUGUUUUUGGCUGCCUCAACUACUACUAUUCACAGACAUCAGUCUACUCCAUCGGCUUUGGCGGGUGCUGAAGGAGUUGCUCCCUGUGAAGGUCUGAUAUUACGAUCGAGUCUUCCUCUCUUUAUCAUUAUUACAUUUAUUUAAUACGAACUUGCGACGCUCUUGCAUAAUCAGCCAUGUACGGGACAUCUACCGGCCCUCAGACGGGCAUUAAUACUCCUCGCUCCUCUCAAUCCCUCCGCCCACUCAUCCUCACACAUGGAUCCCUCGAGUUCUCUUUCCUCGUUCCCACGUCUUUACACUUUCAGGCUGCACAGCUAAAAGAUACAUUCAAUGCUUCAUUGCCGCCGCCUACAGAUGAUUUGGCUCAAGACGACGAGCCGUCCUCAGUACUCGAGUUGGUGGCCCGAUAUGUCGGUCAUGUGGCGCAAGAGGUCGAUGAGGGUGACCAAGACUCGCAUCCCACCAACCUUGAAGUGCUAAAAGUGGUUCUUAAUGAAUUCGAACGAGCUUUUAUGCGAGGAAACGAUGUGCAUGCCGUCGCCGCAACAUUAUCCGGAAUAUCAGCCAAGAAAAUCUCGGUUGUAAAGGCAUACUAUGCCGCUCGUGCAGCUGCAGGUCGCUCGACCAAGCCCUACGACUCCGCCUUGUUCCGUGCUGCCGGCGACGAACGUGCUAGUGUGUAUACUGUUUUUGGCGGGCAGGGCAACAUUGAAGAAUACUUUGACGAACUGCGAGAGGUCUACACCACCUACCCUGCGUUCGUUGAGGAUUUGAUCUCCUCGUCAGCCGAGCUCCUUCAAUCCCUGUCUCGCGAUCCUGAUGCAGUGAAACUCUACCCUAAAGGAUUAGAUAUUUUACAAUGGCUUCACGACCGUGAUUCGCAACCUGAUACCGACUACUUGGUGUCGGCUCCUGUCAGUCUGCCACUCAUUGGUUUGGUGCAGUUGGCACACUACAUGGUGACCUGUAAAGUUCUGGGUAGACAGCCAGGUGAGCUCUUGGAGCGCAUUAGCGGAACUACCGGUCAUUCGCAGGGUGUUGUCACUGCUGCUGCCAUUGCUGCUGCAAAGACAUGGGAAGACUUUGCAAAGGCUGCGAGAGACGCCAUUACUUUGCUUUUCUGGAUUGGUCUCCGUAGCCAGCAAGCUUACCCUCGAACGUCUCUGGCGCCUUCAACUCUUCAAGAUUCUAUUGAGAACGGUGAAGGUACUCCGACUCCCAUGCUGUCCAUCCGCGACCUUCAACGCGCAGCGGUACAAGAACAUAUUGAUGCCACAAACCAGCAUUUGCCUCAGGACAGGCAUAUUGCUAUCUCUUUAGUCAACAGUGCCCGAAAUUUUGUCGUCACGGGUCCCCCCAUUUCACUAUACGGUUUGAACUUGCGCCUACGAAAAGUCAAGGCUCCAACGGGUCUUGAUCAGAACAGGGUACCUUUCACCCAGCGCAAAACUCGAUUUGUGAAUCGCUUCCUUCCCAUCACCUCUCCUUUCCACAGUCCUUAUUUGGCAUCUGCAUAUGACCAGAUUUUGGAAGAUGUUGAAGGAGUUGAGAUCUCGGGCAAAUCUUUGGUUGUCCCUGUUUUUGAUACCAAGACUGGUGAGGAUCUCCGAGCGGUUGGUGACAAGAACAUCAUUCCAGAGCUCGUACGCAUGAUCACGCGCGACCCAGUAAACUGGGAGCAGGCUACUGUUUUCCCCAAGGCUACUCACAUUGUCGAUUUCGGACCGGGUGGAAUUUCUGGUUUGGGUGUCCUUACCAAUCGCAACAAGGAUGGCACUGGCGUCCGUGUGAUCUUGGGUGGUGCCCUCGACGGCACAAACGCGGAGGUCGGCUACAAGCCAGAGUUGUUCGACCGCGACGAACAUUCAGUGAAAUUCGCCGUGGAUUGGGUCAAGGAACAUGGGCCUCGCCUGGUGAAAAAUUCCGUUGGUCAAACAUAUGUCGACACAAAGAUGAGCAGGCUGUUGGGCGUUCCCCCAGUGAUGGUGGCCGGUAUGACCCCUACGACAGUCCCGUGGGACUUCAUCGCUGCCACGAUGAACGCUGGUUAUCACAUUGAGUUGGCAGGUGGCGGUUACUACAAUGCCAGAACAAUGACCGAAGCUCUCACUAAGAUUGAGAAGGCCAUUCCUCCCGGUCGCGGUAUAACUGUUAACCUGAUUUAUGUCAACCCGCGUGCUAUGGGAUGGCAGAUUCCUUUGAUCGGAAAACUCCGUGCUGACGGCGUCCCUAUCGAGGGUCUUACAAUCGGUGCUGGUGUGCCAUCCAUUGAAGUCGCCAACGAAUAUAUUGAAACACUAGGCAUCAAGCACAUCUCUUUCAAGCCAGGCUCUUCCGACGCUAUCCAGCAAGUUAUCAACAUUGCUAAAGCCAAUCCUUCAUUCCCUGUCAUCCUUCAAUGGACUGGUGGUCGCGGUGGUGGUCAUCAUUCGUUUGAAGAUUUCCAUCAACCCAUCCUGGCGAUGUACGGCCGUAUCCGCAAAUGUAGCAACAUCGUACUUGUUGCUGGUAGUGGUUUCGGUGGCUCUGAGGAUACUUAUCCUUAUCUCACUGGUACUUGGUCGUCCAAGUUCGGUUACCCUCCAAUGCCCUUCGAUGGCUGCAUGUUCGGUAGUCGUAUGAUGACCGCAAAGGAAGCACACACUUCUCUCAACGCCAAAAAAGCGAUCGCUGCCGCUCCUGGUGUCGGUGACGAGGAAUGGGAACAGACCUACCAAAAGCCUACUGGUGGUGUGAUCACAGUGUUGUCCGAAAUGGGCGAACCCAUUCAUAAGCUCGCUACCCGUGGUGUGCUCUUCUGGAGUGAGUUGGACAAGAAGAUUUUCUCUCUCGACAAAGCCAAGCGGGUACCGGAGUUGAAGAAGAACAGAGACUGGAUCAUCAAGAAGCUGAACGAUGAUUUCCAGAAAGUGUGGUUCGGCCGCAAUUCCGCUGGUGAGACUGUGGAUCUUGAAGACAUGACAUACACUGAGGUUGUCCACCGUAUGGUCGAAUUGAUGUACGUCAAGCAUGAAUCCCGCUGGAUUGACGAAAGUCUCAAGAAACUCACCGGUGACUUUAUUCGCCGUGUAGAGGAACGCUUCACUUCAACAGAGGGUCAGGCCUCUCUCCUCCAGAACUACUCUGAACUCAAUCAGCCAUACCCGACAGUUGACAAAAUUUUGUCUACUUACCCUGAGGCCUCCACUCAGCUAAUUAAUGCUCAGGAUGUACAGCAUUUCCUAUUGCUUUGCCAGCGACGUGGUCAAAAGCCCGUUCCGUUUGUCCCUGCUUUGGAUGAGAACUUUGAAUUCUGGUUCAAGAAGGACUCUCUCUGGCAAUCAGAGGACUUGGAGGCCGUUUACGGUCAGGAUGUUGGCCGAACAGCCAUUUUGCAAGGUCCUAUGGCUGUCAGAUACGUCACAAAAGUCGACGAGCCUAUCAAGGAAAUUCUCGACAACAUCCACAAUGGACAUGUCCAGUACCUCAUUCGAGACAUCUAUGCAGGCAAGGAGGAAGACGUUCCAGUCAUUGAAUACUUUGGUGGACAGCCUCUUAAACCCCUUGAUGAAGACCUUGAGAUUGAUGGCCUCACCGUGUCUCAAGAUGGUAACAAGACUACUUACCGGCUUUCGAACUCUCCGUCUGCAACGCUUCCCGAGCUAGACACCUGGAUGCAGAUCCUUGCCGGCCGAAACUACUCAUGGCGCCAUGCCUUCUUCACCACAGAAGUCUUUGUUCAAGGCCAACGUUUUGAGACCAAUCCUCUGAAACGAUUGCUCGCGCCAACAAGAGGCUUGUACGUUGAGAUUGUCUCCCCUGAGGAUCCUGAGAGGACCGUUAUCAGCGUCAGGGAACCCAGUCAGUCAUCGAAAUUAGUCAAGACGGUCGAGAUCAAGUUGGUGGGACCAAAGGAGAUUGCUCUCACCAUGUUUGAGGGCCGAACUGCCGAGGGAGGCGUCAUUCCCUUGACUUUCCGCUUCACCUACCACCCGGAAACUGGAUACGCUCCGAUCCGCGAGGUCAUGGAGAAUCGCAACGAUCGCAUCAAGGAAUUCUACUACCGCGCAUGGUUCGGAGAGAGGAACGUUCCUUUCGAUACUCCCAUCACUGCAAUCUUUGAUGGCGGUCGUGAGACGAUCACAGCCCAAGCCGUCGCUGACUUUGUCCACGCUGUUGGUAACACUGGGGAGGCUUUCGUCAACCGCCCUGGUCGCGUCACCUACGCUCCUAUGGACUUUGCUAUUGUUGUUGGAUGGAAAGCCAUCACCAAGCCUAUCUUCCCACGGAGAAUUGAUGGUGAUCUACUGAAGUUGGUUCAUCUUUCCAACGGCUUCAGAAUGGUUCCCGGCGCCGAGCCCCUCAAAGUCGGAGAUGUCCUUGACACUACUGCCCAGAUUAACGCGGUUAUCAAUCAAGAUUCGGGUAAAAUGGUUGAAGUCUGUGGAACCAUUAAACGCGAAGGCAAGCCGAUCAUGCAUGUCACCAGCCAGUUCUUGUACCGAGGAACCUAUGACGACUACGAGAACACUUUCCAACGCAAAGAUGAGGUCCCUAUGCAAGUGCAUCUUACCUCGACCAAGGACAUCGCCGUUCUUCGGUCAAAGGAAUGGUUCCGCCUUGACGAACCCGAUGUGGAGCUUCUUGGACAGACUUUGACUUUCAGACUUCAGUCGCUUGUUCGCUUCAAGAACAAGACCGUCUUCAGCAGUGUCCAGACCAUUGGUCAAGUCCUCCUCGAACUGCCUACCAAAGAAAUCAUCCAGGUCGCUUCUGUCGACUAUGAAGCUGGUUUGUCCCAUGGUAAUCCCGUCAUUGAUUACCUUGAGCGCAACGGUUCCUCCAUCGAACAGCCGGUCAACUUUGAGAACCCCAUCCCUCUCAGUGGUAAGACGCCGCUCGAGCUUCGUGCCCCUGCCUCCAAUGAGAACUAUGCACGUGUGUCUGGUGAUUACAAUCCAAUCCACGUCUCCCGUGUAUUCUCUAGCUAUGCUAAAUUGCCUGGCACUAUCACUCAUGGAAUGUACUCAAGUGCUGCUGUACGCAGCCUGGUUGAGACUUGGGCUGCUGAGAACAACAUUGGCCGCGUCCGAAGCUUCCAUGUCAACCUCGUUGGUAUGGUGCUACCCAAUGAUGCCAUUGCUGUCAAACUUGAACACACUGGUAUGAUUGCGGGUCGCAAGAUCGUCAAAGUUGAAGUGCGAAACAAGGACACCGACGAGAUGGCAUUGCAAGGUGAAGCAGAAGUUGAGCAACCUGUUUCGUCCUACGUCUUCACUGGACAAGGUUCUCAGGAACAAGGAAUGGGUAUGGAUCUUUACGCUAGCAGUGAAGUGGCAAAGGAGGUCUGGGACCGUGCCGACAAGCAUUUCUUGGAAAACUACGGCUUCUCCAUCAUUGACAUUGUGAAGAAUAACCCCAAGGAGUUGACCAUCUACUUUGGUGGUCCACGAGGAAAAGCAAUUCGUCAGAACUACAUGUCCAUGACUUUCGAGACUGUCAAUGCGGAUGGAUCGAUCAAGUCUGAGAAGAUCUUCAAAGAGGUCGAUGAGAAUACCAACUCCUACACCUACCGAUCUCCAGCAGGUCUCUUGUCUGCAACUCAAUUCACGCAGCCUGCAUUGACCUUGAUGGAAAAGGCCAGCUUUGAGGAUAUGCGCUCCAAGGGUCUCGUCCAGAGAGAUAGCAGCUUCGCUGGACAUUCACUUGGUGAAUACUCUGCGUUGGCCGCUCUUGCCGAAGUCAUGCCUAUUGAGAGCUUGGUUUCCGUUGUCUUCUACCGUGGUUUGACCAUGCAAGUCGCUGUUGAGCGUGACGAACAAGGUCGCUCUAACUACUCCAUGUGCGCUGUCAAUCCCAGUCGUAUUUCCAAGACCUUCAACGAGCAGGCUCUUCAAUAUUGUGUUGAGAACAUUUCGGAAGUUACAGGAUGGUUGCUGGAGAUUGUCAAUUAUAAUGUGGCCAACAUGCAAUACGUGGCUGCUGGAGAUUUGCGUGCUCUUGACACCCUUACAAAUCUGUUGAACGUGCUUAAAGCACAGAAGAUCGACAUCCAAGCACUCAUGCAGCAAAUGUCUCUUGAAGAUGUCAAGGAGCACCUGGUACAAAUCAUCCACGAGUGUGUCAAGCAAACCGAAGCCAAGCCCAAACCCAUCACCCUUGAGCGUGGAUUUGCCACGAUUCCUCUGCGUGGUAUCGAUGUGCCUUUCCACAGUACGUUCUUGCGCUCUGGAGUCAAGCCGUUCCGAUCAUUCUUGCUCAAGAAGAUCAACAAGACCACCAUCGACCCAAGCAAGUUGAUUGGAAAGUACAUUCCUAACGUGACUGCUCGUCCAUUCGAGAUCACCAAGGAAUAUUUUGAGGAUGUGUACAGGUUGACGGGCUCUCCUCGUAUCGCCAAUGUGUUGGCUAAUUGGGAUAAAUAUGAGGAUCCCAAGGAAGCCGUUGCCGCCACACGAGCACCUGCUUCUUGAAUCGAAAGAAGGGGGGUUGUGUAUAAAAGUUGAUAAAGAAAGUAAUGAUUUUGUUUGAUUUGCAGUUUCUCAUGUCAAUGUCAUGCAUGGAUGAUUGUUUUAUACAUACAAUUAAAUUUAGAUAUCGAUUGGUUGUUUUCAUUUUUUCUUUUCAUGGCGCAUUCGAUGUUUUUUCUUGUUAAUGACGACAUUAAUAGAUAGAAGUACCCUGUACCUACCUUUUAAUCAAUGGACUUUCAAAUG